AUGUCCACCAGCGGCGAGCGCAAGGCCUCUGCCUCCCUCGCCCGCUCCGUCCGAGGCGCCCCUCCGCGUCUCGCUGACCUCGCUGCCACGCCCGAAACACCGCGGACGCCCCUCCAGCGCGCAUCGUCCUCCCUCUACGGCUCGCCCGGCGGCAACUACCGCACAGAGGACGAGUGUGCUGUGUUCGAGAUCGGGUCGCGGUUUCUGCGGGCAGGCUUCCCGGGCGAGAGCGCCCCACGAUGCACGCUUCCAUUCAGUCCAGACAGGCACAGAAGGGCUGGUGACUACAGGCAAUACGAUCCAGAGUACAGCCAAAGGCGACGACGGCCGAGAAAGAACCAGACAUGGGGCGAGGAGCACGAGCUGUACCGUUUGGACCUCACCACCGUCGACAUGGAGCUGGUGGGCGACAAGCUCGAGAGGGCCAUACGGGAAGCAUACACGAAAUACUUCUUGCUCGACACAAAGCCACGACGCAUCACGCUUGCCAUCCCUCCACGGUUGCCACACCCACUCAUCACCAAGAUGCUCGACCUGCUGUUCAAGAGCUUCCACGCACCAAGCAUCACCCUCCUGUCGAACCCCGUCCUCUCCACCGUCGCCGCAGGCCUGCGCUCAGCGCUGGUCGUUGACAUUGGCUGGGCCGAAACACUGGUCACCGCCGUUUGCGAGUAUCGCGAGGUACACGAAAAGCGAACAGUCCGCGCGGGCAGGAUGCUGAGCGAAGAGAUGGCUAGGCUGCUGAACGCCGAACUCGACGACGACGCCACACCAGGAACACCCAAGGCACAGGUCUCGUUCGACGAAGUAGAGGAGGUGCUCACGCGGGUCGGCUGGUGCAAACCCAGCUCGAGAGGAAACCGACGCACCGUCUACUUCCCUGCGCGCGAGGCACCUGUACUGGAAGAGUGGGAGGACGCUGUCGAGACACCUCCGCCUACCGUUGUGAUCCCCUUCCCAAAACACACACCACCGACUGAGCUCAAAGUCGCGUUUGCUUCGUUAGCCAAGCCCGCUGAAAACGCGCUUUUUGUACCAGAGGCACCCCUGAACGAGUUCGACGAUGAAGACCUGCCAAUUCACUACCUCCUCUACCGCACGUUGGUCGCUCUGCCUGUCGAUGUUCGUCGCUUGUGCAUGUCACGCAUCGUCAUCACAGGCGGGGUGGCAGACAUGCCAGGCCUGAAGACUCGCAUCCUGAAAGAGCUGGAGGUGCUAGUCCUGUCCAGAGGCUGGGACCCAGUCAAGAACUGGGGCAAGGGCAGUGCGCGCCACGAAGAGAAACUGCUAGCACAACUGCGCCAUCGAGAGAGGGAAUGGCAAGAUGGUGCAGACAAAGCCUCUGACACACUCGAUCGUGCUGCGACACCCACACCGCUGUCUGCUGGCCUGCAGGAACCGGAACUUGACAACAUCGACGUCAAGCUCGCCAACACCAGUCUAAAAAACGGGCCGCCUCCAGAGUGCUCCAUUGGUGGCACCAUCAGAGGUGUACAGACGCUGGGUGCUUGGGCUGGUGCGAGUCUCGUUGCCCACCAAAGGGUGAGAGGUAUCGUCGAGAUCGAGCGAGAGAGAUACUUGCAACAUGGUCUGCAGGGUGCAUCGCGAGACAAAGAGGUGUCUGUCAUCCCGCAGCGGCAGAGCAUGGGCCCUGGCGUCGCGCGCGGUGCAGGCGAACGAGUGAGCUGGACACUCGGCGUGUGGGCAUGA